CGACUUCCGGCGGUGGCUUCCGGGAGGGUGCAGGGGAAGGAGCGGGCUCGCGGGCGCCAUGGGGAAGUCGGAUUUCCUUAGCCCCAAGGCUAUCGCCAACCGCAUCAAGUCUAAGGGGCUGCAGAAGCUCCGCUGGUACUGCCAGAUGUGCCAGAAGCAGUGCCGCGAUGAGAAUGGCUUCAAAUGUCACUGCAUGUCUGAGUCCCACCAGAGGCAAUUGCUGCUGGCUUCUGAGAAUCCCCAGCAAUUCCUGAAUUACUUCUCUGAGGAAUUCCGAAAUGAUUUCCUAGAGCUGCUCAGGAGACGAUUUGGAACAAAGAGAGUCCACAAUAACAUCGUCUACAACGAAUACAUCAGUCACCGCGAGCACAUCCACAUGAACGCCACGCAGUGGGAGACGCUGACUGAUUUUACAAAAUGGCUGGGGAGAGAAGGUCUUUGCAAGGUGGAUGAGACUCCAAAAGGCUGGUACAUUCAGUAUAUUGAUAGGGACCCAGAAACUAUUCGCAGGCAACAAGAACAAGAGAGGAAGAAGAAACAAGACCUUGACGAUGAAGAAAAAACUGCUAAAUUCAUCGAACAGCAAGUUAGAAGAGGCUUGGAGGGGAAAGAACUGGAGGAGCCAGUCUAUACUGAACUGAACAGAGAAAAUGAAGAAGAAAAAGUCGCAUUUAAUUUAAACAAAGGAGCAAGUACUUCAGUAGCAGCAUCUUCUAAAGCCAGCAGUGUCCUUGGACCGAGUGCACUGAAGACGGCAGAAGGGGCAGUUAAAAGAAAAGAAUCGGCUCAUAGCUCUGGUCAGUCCAAAGAGAAAAAGAAGAAAUCUGCACUGGAUGAGAUUAUGGAGCUUGAAGAAGAGAAGAAAAGAAUAUCUCGAACAGACUACUGGUUGCAGCCUGAAAUCGUUGUAAAAAUUAUCACAAAAAAGCUGGGGGAGAAAUACCACAAAAAGAAAGCAGUUGUUAAGGAAGUGAUUGACAAAUACACAGCGGUUGUGAAGAUGAUUGAUUCUGGAGACAAACUGAAGCUUGAUCAGACACAUCUGGAGACUGUAAUACCAGCACCAGGCAAGAAAGUUAUGGUAUUAAAUGGUGGUUACAGGGGAAACGAAGGCAUCUUGGAAUCUAUCAAUGAAAAGAAAUUUUCGGCAACAAUAAUCAUCGACUCUGGACCUUUAAAAGGACGCCGAGUUGAAGGUAUCCAGUACGAAGACAUUUCCAAACUUGCCUGAGGUGCUAACUGUGGAUCAGAGAUGAUUUUGGUUCCCAAAAACAUCUUUCUGGCUUCUUCCAGGCAGAUACAAGACUCUACCAUGUCAGGGUUUUUGUUUUCUGUGUAUAUGUAUUUAUAAUGUAUAUAGAAAUCAACCAUGAGCAAACUGGUUUUAUUUAAAGAUCACUAUAAAUUUGUUACAUAAAAUGUUUGUGGAAAUCUUACCAGUGGAAGUACUCCGUGUGAUUCUGUUUCAGAGUUAUUUUGUGAUACUUGAUUCAAUUUCCGUCUGUAAAACACAGCAGAUAGCUGCAAGCUGGAGUAUUCUAUUUCCUGAGGUAUGUUACAAGUUCCAUAGGGUAAAGAAUUACCUACAAUAGCUGCUUGAGGCAGGCAGCGUGUGUUGGGGCCAAUGGAGUUUAAACAGCAAAGUUCUCAACCAGCAGCCGAAGUUGAAUUCUGGCUGGGGGAACAAGGGAAAGGAUUGAGAGAAUAGCAGGAAGGUAACAGUGCUGCCAGGGAUUCUUUUCCUGGAUUUUUUUAAAGAAUGGUCUGGUUUAUUAAGUGCUGUCAGCAACGUAUUUUUAGUUAUCAUCUGUAGUAGAAUCCACAUGAUCAGUCUUCUCCAUCACCAUGUUUUCAGGGCUUCUAACAAUACCAAUACACAAUUUAUCUGCCAAGAUAAAUGUUACUUGUGGGGUUUCUGGGACGUCAACCUGAGCACGUGCAAAUAUGAGUUAGUGAUGGCUGUUUUGAUUUUCCAGAGCCUUUUCCUUUGUUCAUAUUUCCAUUGUUUCCAUGCUCUGCUGUGGGUGCUAAAUGAGUAACAUUACUUUUUAAAAAAAUUUUGUCACAUUUUGUAAAAUAUUUAAUUUUUAAGGCUUUUCAGGAAUAAAUGUAAACCUCUCUUAGGUGA